GUGGGAGAGGGGGAUGGGAUGGUGGAAAGGAGGUAUGAGGGAGGAGACCAGUAGACACAGAACAUUUCAAAGCAAAUAUCUGCCUGAUUCAGUCAGUGGAACUGGAAGUUGAGUGAACAGCUAGUUACUGUGUACAAUAGGGUUUGCAACUGCUGAGAUGAAAGAAGGAAACUAGAGCUGUUUGAGAGAAAAGCACAGUGAAGGGGACUGAAUAGAGGCAAGAGGAACUACAGCAGAGAAGGAGCAAGAUUUUCACCACCCACACCAUUCUACAGAGAAAAGGCAAGAGGAACUACAGCAGAGAAGGAGCAAGAUUUUCACCACCCACACCAUUCUACAGAGAAAAGAUGGAGUACAAAGUGACUGUGGCCACCGGGACCUCAGAAUAUUCAGGAACCAAUAACUAUAUAUAUGUGACUCUGGUUGGAGAGAGAGGAGAGAGCGAGAAAACUGUGCUGGACAAUCCAGGCCUAGACUUCUGCAGAGGAGCGGUGGAUGAUUACACAGUUAAAAGCGCUUCUGAUUUGGGUCCCCUGAUACUGGUGCGCCUGGAAAAGCAAAGGUACUGGGUGGAAGAUAACUGGUUCUGCCGUUAUGUGAAAGUCAGCAUACCUGGAGAAAGAUCCAGCUAUACUUUUCCCUGCUACCGUUGGCUAGUGGGAGAUAAAGUGGUAGUAGAGCUCAGAGAAGGCACAGCGAAAAAGAUCAGUGAUGAUACCUUGCCACUGGAGAUAUCUCACAGGAAGACAGAACUUCAGGAGAGGCAGAAAAUAUACAGAUGGCUUGCAUGGGCCCCCGGCAUUCCAAAAUGCAUUGAUGCCAAGUCAGAGGCCGAUCUCCCCCAGGACGCUCGCUUUGACAACGAGAAGCGCAGUGACUUUGUGGGAUCCCUUCAAUAUGCGCUUUUGGAGCUCUCUCUGAAAAAACUUGCAAUCAAGUUUGGAAAGUCUUGGAAUGACCUGGAUGACUUCAAAAGGAUCUUCUGGAAGCUAAGAAGCCCUAUAGCUGAAUACACCAUGAUGCACUGGAAAGAAGAAUGGUUUUUUGGUUACCAGUUCCUCAAUGGCUCAAAUCCACGGAUGAUAACUAGGUGCAAGGAGAUUCCCUCGAACUUCCCUGUCACUGGAGACAUGGUGCAGUCCUCUCUGAUACCUACAACCACUUUGAAGCAAGAACUCAAGAAAGGAAAUAUAUUCCUGGUUGAUCAUGUGAUACUGGACGGGAUUCCUGCCAAUGUAAUCAGAGACAGGACACAGCACAUAGCUUCACCGCUUUGCUUACUGUAUGAGCAUCCUGAGAAAGGUCUCAUUCCCAUCGCCAUACAGCUCGAACAGAAACCCGAUAAGGACACACCUAUAUUUCUACCUAGCGAUCCACCUCUGGCCUGGUUAUUGGCUAAGAUGUGGGUUCGUCAUGCUGAGUUCCAAGUCUUUCAGUUGUUAUCACAUCUGCUGCGCACACACUUGGUGGUGGAAGUGAUCUGUGUGGCCACACUCCGACAGCUGCCUGCUGUUCACCCCAUAUACAAGCUCUUGGCUCCACACUUGAGGUAUACGCUUGAGAUUAACUGCCGUGGCAGAACACAGCUCAUUUCCCCAGAUGGCAUCUUCAAAAGGGUGGUAUCAACUGGUGGAGAUGGACUCUUGAUUCUGGCACAGAGGGAGUAUAAAGUGUUAACUUAUCGCUCCCUCCAGCCCAAAUUUGACUUCUUGGAUAGAGGAGUUACUAAACUAAAAGACUAUUUCUACAGGGACCAUUCACUGAUGCUGUGGGAUGUGAUUCACAAUUUUGUUUCAGGAAUAGUUUCCCUGUACUACAAGAGUGACAGCGAAAUUGAACAGGACUCGGAACUUCAGGCUUGGAUUAACGAUGUGGCUACGGAGGGCUUUGUGGAUCUGCCUCAAUUUGGCCUAGCCAGUGAGCUGAAAACAACAGAAGAACUCAUCACACUGUUAAGCGUGGUCAUCUUUACCAGCACAGCACAACAUGCUGCCACCAACAAUGGACAGUUUGAUUGGUGUGCAUGGGUUCCCAAUACACCCUGCACCAUGCGGCACCCUCCACCAACAGAUAAGGAUGCUGUCACCAUGGAUCUGAUCAUGGAGACACUCCCUGAUAUCAGCCAGUCCUGUGUGCAGAUGGCCAUCACAUGGCAUUUGGGCAGAGCACAGCCGGAUGCGAUCCCAAUGGGCCAGUAUAUGGAACAGUACUUUACUGAGCCUGCUGCUGUAAGGGCGAUUGAUAAAUUCAGAAAGGAGCUGAAAGAACUGGAGGAGCAGAUAAUAGCUCAGAAUGAGGGACUAGAACUGCAGUACCUCUAUCUGUGUCCAAGCCGCAUAGAAAACAGCAUCACCAUUUAGAGAAAACUCUCAUUCUGAAUUUGUGUGUAUGUGUCUAACCAUUUUCCUGAGCAACUCAUAUAUUCAAACACCACCCAUUUCUAGAGACCAAUGCCUUUCUCAGGAAUGGCAUCUAUGAGAGCAGAAACACUGUGAUAUAAUUAUGUAAUUUAUUUAGUUGUAACACUUUGUAAAGCAUUAAUGCAGCUUUUUUUUUUUUUUUUUUUUUUACAUUCAAUUUAAUGAACAGUAUUUAUUUUUACUUUAGAAAAUAGUUUUUUUAGUUUAAACUUUGUUAGAAGUCAAUAUUUGAGUGGUACUGAACUGAUUUCUGUGGAUUUGUUUGAUAAAUAUCAUCAGUUUAAAAAAAAAUGCACUUCAUAUACUACAUAUAUAGCCCAUUCUUUUUCCACAUGAAGACAAUGAAACAUGCAUUACUACUAUGCUUUCACCUUCAGCUAUAUGAAAAUCCAUGGUUUGUACAAAUACUUUCCAUAGCAAAUAAACGUUUGUUUCAUUA